UCAACUUCCUUGCUCUGUAAAGGACGACAUUUUUUGAAGCCCCCCCACCCCCAAUGAUAUGUUCAGAUUGGUCCAAAUGGAGGACAUGCAAUUGAACACGCUGAACGACAGGACCAAUGCAGAGGCUGCGCCCAAAGGCCGGCAGAGAGAGCAGUGGUCCAGGAAAGCGGAAUUCAUCUUGGCUACAGCAGGAGGUAUCAUUGGCCUGGGAAAUAUCUGGAGAUUCCCAUACCUUUGUUACAAAAAUGGCGGAGGAGUCUUCUUCAUACCCUAUUUGUUGUUCUUCUGCACCUUCGGUGUGCCGCUCUUCUUCCUGGAGACAUCGUUGGGCCAGUACAUCAGGCAGGGCGGAAUAAGAUCCUGGAGAGCCGUCUGUCCUCUUUUUGAAGGCAUAGGAUAUGGAAGUCAGCUGGUUCUUUUCUACGUGGCGUUGUAUUAUAUCAUCAUCUUGGCUUGGGCCUUCCGCUACUUGCUCGCGUCCUUCUCAUCUGAGCUGCCCUGGGCCAGCUGUCUCAACAGUUGGAACACAGACACAUGUUUUGAGUACAGACCCAAUCAAACACUGCAAGAAUUUGAAAAUGGCACAUCUUCGGUUGUGGAGUAUUGGGAGAGGAGAAUUUUGGGACUAUCAAGUGGAAUUGAACAUGUGGGAAACGUUCGAUGGGAGUUGGCCCUUUGUCUUCUUCUUGCCUGGCUAUUGUGUGUCCUCUGUAUUUGGAAUGGAGUGAAGACCACUGGGAAGGUGGUCUACUUCACUGCCACAUUUCCAUAUGUCAUGCUGCUGGUGUUGCUUGUUCGUGGACUGACAUUGCCCGGUGCCAAAGAAGGAAUCAAGUUCUACCUCUACCCAGAUGUAUCCCGGCUCAGCGAUCCAAUGGUUUGGCUGGACGCCAGCAGUCAGAUCCUGUUCUCCCAUGGAAUCACGCUUGGGAUUCUGACAACUUUAAGUAGCUACAACAAGCCAACCAACAACUGUUACAGGGACUGUAUUUAUUUGUGCCUGCUGAAUGGGUCGACCAGCCUUGUGGCCGGCUUUGCUGUUUUUUCUGUCCUUGGCUUUAUGGCCAAGGAACACGGCGUGGACAUAGCCAUGGUGGCUGAAUCCGGUCCGGGUCUGGCAUUCAUCGCUUACCCUCGUGCUGUGGCUUUGAUGCCUUUUCCUCAACUUUGGGCCAUUUGCUUUUUUUCCAUGAUCAUCUCUUUAGGAAUCGAUUCUGCGUUUUUAAAUGUGGAGGCACUGAUCACAAACAUAGUUGACUCGUUCCCUUUCAUCUUUGGAAAUAAACGUCGACGUAAACUCCUCCUUCUUGCUAUCAGUGUUGCAAACUUCCUUGGUGGUCUUCUCAUGGUUACAGAGGGAGGCCUGUAUGUUUUCCAGCUGUUCGACUAUUACUCCUGCAAUGGGAUGACUCUUCUCUUUUUUGCCAUUCUCGAGUCGGUCUGCAUCGGAUGGAUUUAUGGGGCAGAUCGUCUGUAUGAUAAUGUAAAGGACAUGAUUGGCUAUCAUCCGUGGCCUUUUAUGAAAUAUUGCUGGAAGUACUUGGCACCGGUUAUUUGCACUUGCACUUUGGUAUUUGCGAUGGUGAGAAACACACCGCUUAAAUUCAACAACACUUACGAAUACCCGUGGUGGGGCUACACCAUUGGGGGAGUCCUCUCUCUGUCGACACCCGCCACGGUGCUGUUGAGGAUGCUCUAUGCUGUCAGCGUCACUCCUGGAACUCUGAGACAGAGACUGAAAAUUCUGUGCACACCAGCAAAAGAACUUCUUCCUGCAUCGAGGAACGCAUUAAAUCAAGAAGAGGACUUUCAGACGUUUUUGCACGCCGGAUGAAAGGAAAUCAUCUCAUCACGGACAGAGCCAUAGCUCAGAGAGGAUGUCAAACUUCAGUGGUAUUCGGACCCUUUGCUAAUCAACAUGGAGCUCCAAUUUGACUACUUUUCCAACAGGAAAUUCCCAUCCAUUUUCAAUAUACUACCGCUUAUCUUUACUUGGUCAGGACGGUAAUUUAUGCAUGUGUGCCUGAAAAAAAAAAAAAAAUAUGAUUAUUCCACAGAAUGUCAACCCAACUCUUAUUAGUGUGGGAAGUUGUGUACAGUAUAUGCUACAGUAUAUAGAAAGUCU